AUGUCAAAUCUAAAAGAUUAUGAAAUUAGUGAACUACUUGAUGGAAAUAAUUCCGAUUGCCCAUACUUUGAUUCUGACGAAGAUGACUAUGAGUCAAGCAGUAAUCGAAAUGAAGGACAUUUUCCGAUCGAAGAAUUUGAAGAUCUCAUGGCCGAUUUAGAAAAACAAAAUAAUAAUAAUGAUUUGGACUACGAGUAUUUGAAUACAGAUGACGCAGCAAAUUUUCUGGAUGAGUACAAUGAUUAUAUGCCAGAAAUAAUCAAUACUGAAUCACUGAAUAAUAAUUUGGUAAAUAUUCAACUAUCUUCUAAACACGAGAUUAAAUGGGAAAGAUUGCCUUUUUCUAAUAGUAAUAAACCCAUCUUAAAUGACAUUUUACCUGACGUAUCCGAUUACUAUGAGAUUCAAGCUCCUUUGGUGUAUUUUAAUCGUUAUUUCAAUGACGCAGAAAUUGAAAAAAUGGUAGAAAUGACUAACAGGUAUGCAAUUCAAAAUGGAUCAUCGUGGAAUAAACCUACUGAUAUAUGGGAAAUCAAAACAUUUAUUGCUCUUCAUAUUCGUAUGGGUUGCUUAAAAUACCCUAGGGUACGAAUGUAUUGGGACACUACUUUAGGUUUAUCCAACUUUAGCCAAUAUAUGACAGUUAAUCGAUUUUUCUCGCUAAGAACAAAUUUUCAUGUUGUUGAUAAUUUAACAUUGUCAAAUGACAAUAAAGAUCGAUUUAAAAAAGUUAGACCUAUGUAUGACUGUGUUAGAAAGAGAUGUAAGCAAUUAAUUGUCGAGCGUAAUAUUUCAAUCGACGAACAAAUUGUUCCAUUCACAGGAAAAUUAAAUAUAAAACAGUACUGCAAAGGAAAGCCAAACCCGUGGGGAGUAAAAAUAUAUGUUAUGUGUGGAUCAAGUGGAACUAUUUACGAUUUUUUACUUUAUCAAGGAUCCGCCACUAAAUUUGGUAUUCCUCCUCAAAUACAAAAACAAGUUGGGAUGGGCGGAAGUGUCGUAUUAACUCUGACACAAGAUUUGGAAAAAAACAAACAUUCAUCUACAAUUCGUGUAAAUAGGUUUAGUAAGCCACCUUUUUUGAACGAUAAGUGGAUGGCAUCGAAAGGUCGAGGUACAACUGAUGAAAUACGAAAUAAGGAAGAUACUAUAUGCUUAGUAAAGUGGUAUGAUAACAAGCCAGUUUAUAUGUGUUCGAACUUUAUUGCUUCCGGGGAAGUUGAAAAAGUGAAAAGAUGGGAUAAAAAAACUAAGCAAUAUUUAGAUAUAGAACAACCUGAAGUCAUCAAAAUGUAUAAUAAAAGCAUGGGAGGGGUCGACAAAAUCGAUCAAUUAAUUGCGUAUUAUAGAAUUUUUAUAAAGUCAAAGAAAUGGACUCUCCGUAUGAUGUUUCAUGCCAUUGAUAUGGCUUGCUGCAAUUCGUGGUUGGAAUAUUUGAAGGACUGUGAUAUAUUUAAAAUUAAAAAAAAAGAUAGAAUGGAUUUACUGAAUUUUAAACUUCGACUAGCUGAUAAUUUAAUUAACCUCGGCAGUUCUGCAGUGACAAAAAGUAGAGGAAGACCAAGUAGCAGUACUCCGAAAAAUUCACCACAAACAAAAAAGAAAAAAAAAGAGCCAUUACCACAUGAAGAAACACGAAAAGAUUUAAUUGGGCACUUACCAAUGUAUAAUAACAAUAAAUUACGUUGUAAAAAAGAAGGUUGCGGUGCGAAAACUCAUGUGUACUGUAAAAAAUGCAACGUGUGUAUUCGUUUAAUAACCAUUGAGUACCAAUGGGUCUUACAGGAACCAACUCCAUAA